AUGGUCGAGUCAGUCACCACUGAUGCCUCGAUCCUUGACAAGGAGAGCGUUAUCAACGGCAAGCCUUCGCAGAAUGUUGCUGUGCUGCCCACAACGAUCAUCGAGGAGGCCGACGAGGAGGUGCUCAAAUACACCGACGCGUCGGUUACCAUCACUCCCGAGGAGAACAAGCGUCUUUUGCGCAUUGUCGACAAGCGUGUUCUCACCAUCAUGCUGGGCACCUACUUCUGCCAGAGUCUCGACAAGCAGAUCCUCUCAUUCGCCGCCAUCAUGGGCAUCCGCACCGACCUCAAGCUCAAGGGUCAGGAGUACAGCUGGCUUUUCACCUGUCUCUACCUCGCCAUUCUCUGCACUGAGGGUCUGCAGAACUACUUGGUUCAGCGUCUUCCCAUCAACCGCUGGCUCGGAUUUUGCGUCUUUGCAUGGGGUCUCUCAUGCUGCUUUGUCGCUCUCACCCACAACUUUACCGGCAUCUUGAUCCUUCGAAUCAUGCUCGGGUGCUUCGAAUGCGUCUGCCAACCUGCAUUUGUGGCUCUCACCGCCAUCUGGUACAAGAGAGAGGAGCAAGCGAGGACCGUCACUCUUUGGUACUGUAUGAACGGCCUACAGGCUAUGGUCGGCGGACUUUUGGGCUUUGCGUUCUACCAUAUUCAAGGAGCUGCGCUCUCUUCGUGGAGGAUUAUGUUCCUCGUCCUCGGUCUGAUCACCGUCAUCUGGGGUGCCUCGAUCGUCUACAUCCUUCCAGCCUCGCCAAUGAAGGCUCGUGGCAUUUCGGACGAGGACAAGGUCAAGCUGGUCGAGCGAGUCCGUGAGAAUCAGACCGGUGUGCAAAACCGAAAAUGGAAGAUGGAGCACGUCUGGGAAGCUCUUCGUGACCCUCAAGCCUGGUGCCUCUUCCUCAUCAACUUGCUCAACACCAUCCCCACGGGCGGUCUCGGAUCGUACGGUAAUAUCAUCAUCAAGACCAACCUCGGCUUUUCGGUACUUCAGACCAACCUCCUCGGUCUCGCCCAGGGCAGUUUCCAGAUCUUCGUGCUCUUGCUUGCUGCAUACGUCGCCAAGAAGUGGAACCAGACCAUCCUCACAGCCAUCCUCUUCACUAUGCCCAACAUCAUCUCGGCGGUCCUCUUCUUGACGGUGCCGAACAACAAGGCGCACGCUGGUGGCUUGCUCUUCGCUUUCUACAUGACUAUUUGCCUUCAAGCUCAGGCUACUCUUUCCUUCUCCCUUUUGAGCCGUAACGUCGGAGGGCAAACAAAGCGAGCCGUCUGUACGGCAAUGACUUUCAUCGGUUGGGCAGCAGGUAAUUCGGCUGGUCCUCAGCUUUUCCAAGCAAAGGACGCCCCCCUUUAUCGACAAGCAUUCAUUGGCCAGCUCGGAUGCUAUAUUGCCUCGAUCCUGGUUCUUCUCGGUUUGCGAGUGUACUACAUGCAGCAGAACAACCAGAAGCGUCGUGCGAACAACGUUCUCAAGGGUCGUGCCGAGGACGCCGAGGACGACGUCGAUCUUUCGCAGGCUUUCCUCGACUUGACGGACAAGCAAAACAUCAACUUCCGAUACAGCUACUAA